UCAAUUACGUGUUGAGUGUUACAUAGUUUUUUGAAUGGAAGCAGAUUCAAUGAUUCCGAUGUUACAUCGACGAGUAAUACGCAACCGACGCAACAAUACAACGAGGAGUUAAGUGAUAGUCGUUGGCGUAUUUUACUAUCAUGUAUCCACAUAUACAACUAUAAAAAAUACGUAGAUGGUAAAGCUUUUUUUACGCUUUAUGCUGACCAGCGUGCUCGCAAAACCUGGCUAGCACUGUAGUGUUAAAUACUUUAUAAUGGGUGAGUCGGAUCUGUGAUUCGUUGAAAAAAAAUGUAUCUCACGAGUAGAUGUGUUUUCAGUAUAUCAUUGUUGUAUUUGAUAAAGUAAUCUAAGUCGCUAAAGGUAUAUAUAUAUAUAUAAGUUGUGUUUGUUGUAGUUGUCUAUUGUUUGCUGAAUAGAAGAAUUUGACAGAUAGUUUGUAAAAAACUAGAAUUGUUAGUUUUUCAACUGAUAUAGCGAAGAAUAUUAGCAUAAAAGUUAAUGAACAGCACAUUUGAGGGCUCUCGAUAAAAAAUGAAAACACGAUGGAUGGCUUAGGGGCCGUUAGCAGUGGUGGGAUUCAACCGGUUCGCACCGGUUCUAUAGAACCGUCUCACGGAGUUUUAUGAGAUCAGCGAACCGGUUAGUAUUACUGGUUACUGUCAAUGACUUUUUGUCACAGAUUUAAUUUAAUUUUUGAGCCCGCUCAAUCCAUCAUAACCAAAAUUCAAACGAACCCACACUUAUGCUGUGUAGGCUAUAUGAUAUUCUGAAGUGGAGGGAUUUCGAUGAUACUCGAACAUAUAAUUGGUUUUUCUUGAAGCAAACGCGGAAAACAAUUCUUAACAAUGGUACCCAAAUUUCACCGUAAUACUCAGCUUCCAAUGGUUUGGUUAUGUAUAUUGCAUUCGAACAGUUUAUGUCAUUGAACGGCUAUAUUUAAAGCAUGAAUGUUGGAUUCUUAUAUUAACCAUGGGCCGUAGUCGACGCAUGCCAGUCGCGUAAUUUGUUAAGCGAUAAGUUCACUGACCACAAACAUUUUGAAGUUGCGAUAUUCAAUAGCUAGAACACAGAUAUCCAUAUUAGCUAUCUGAGGAAAGCAUGAAUGAACAUGAUAAUAAUGUCGACUCAUUGGUAUAUUUCCGCGCAAUAUAUAACAUCUGUUUCGUUUGAAAACUAAUUAUCGAGCAGACUGCAAACUGUCGUAGUUUUCGCUCUAAAUUGCUUGUUUUUCUAAAACAGAAUAUCGAUUCAAACCACGUCGGAAUCAUUUGGUUACGUUGAUGUUCCCCGCGGAUCAAUAUGUAACGAACGAUGAUCAAAUUGCCGCUAGUUGGUGCCCAAUUUAGACGGUGAGAGGCUGCAUUUUCUGUGGCAGAGAAAAGUAGUUUAUAUCAAAACUUAGCAAGCACUAGCUAUCACUUUAGGUUCAGCGCGCCGUCAGUUAUUGGGACAGACUUCAGCCACAUAAUCCAUCGAUUGUUGUCAGAAUAUAAUUAAGGAAAUUUUCUUGACAAUGGUGUCAAAUAAUAUUGAUGCAUCUAUACGUAUAUAUAUAUAAAAAAUAUUUUCCAGUCACGACUAAAGGGAUGAAGGUAGAAAACAUUUGAAUAAUUAACAUUCAAUAAAACAGCAACGAUGUUUAAAAUCUUCACGGGGCUUCCUAGAUUAUAGUAUAUCCCUUUAAACAAUACUGGCAGAAUGAAUCGUUGAUUCCCCACAAGGCCGUAAAUCCUUCGGAAUCGACUGCAAAAGUUAUAAAUUAUUCAAAGAUUUUUCGAUCACAGGGGACAUAUGCACAUCGCCCGACCUUCGUCUGUUUGGUUAUGUAAUGGUUUGGCGCAAGAAAACGGGAUGUGUAAUAUUUGACAUUUGUAGAUGAGAAACGAGAAUAUAACAUCUUUUCAGAAUGGUUAGGUCUGCUUGUUUACGUACUAACUGCUGAGUGUUAUACAGUUUAAUGUAGAUGUAGAAACGAUGCAUAUAAACUAUCAGCAUUCCUAGUAUAAACUUCACGUUACAUGGAUGCCAAAAUAUUACGGUUAUAAAGGCAGUCGAUAUCGCUGAACCAACUUUAUUUACCUCAUGUGGGGCUAGUAAGCUAAUUAUUCGCUAUCUUAUCAAGCGUGACUCCAGGCAACUAAUCGUUUCUGGUAUAAAACUAUGAGAUUAAUAUCUAUGCCGUGCACGUUUUCGUAAAUUUCAAGUUGUCUCCUACAUUCUAUUAAUUUUCAGUCCUAUCGCAGACGCAUUUAUGGAUUUUUGUCAAGGUGGCCGGAAACUCAGAUCCGCGUCAGUAGUAGGGUUAAAGUCAUCUAAUCUGGCAGUUGUCUGUUAGAAAAAAUUAUGAGAUAGAUCGUUUUAUUUUGUUCUUAUUUCAUAUAUAUAUAUGCAAAUCACACGGACUUCUAAAUAAAAACCCUUACGAUUCGUGGAUCGCAUCGAACGGCAAUUGUUUAGGCUGAAGAGAAGAUAGAUAAGAGAGAUAAAAAAACAGCACGCAGUUGCCUAUACCAGCAGGGCGUUUCUUUUGCGAAUCGAAUACAAUAGCAAAUGUUCUCAUUUUGAUUCUUUUGUUUAAAUUGUAUGCGAAUUCGUUGAUUAAUUACUUCCAUAUAAGAUUAUAGAAGAUUAAAUUAUAUUAUUAUAUAUAUAAUCUCUUCCUCUACAGCACGGUGAUCUUCCUUAGGGUUUUUUCUUAGUAGACUAUAACACGAAGAGGCAGCUUCGACCACUUUCGGCAUAUGUAAAUAGAAAUUCAUGUAAAGAAAUCAAAGUCAAUCUUUGAAGAAGGUAGGGAGAAGGAAUAAAUUUAUUAACUUUGGUUUGACUUGUAUAUAUCGAGAUAAUGUAGCAUGUCACAAGGCGAGGAGAAUACCCAAGCAUAUUUUGUAAGAAGCAAGAAGACAGAACAAAGCGAAAUAAGAAGUGAUUCGAUAUUAGCGAAUAGCAUACCCAAAGAAAAUUCAGCAAAACGUGAAUCUGAAGCAAUCAAAGAAGAACGCUUACUUUCGUCGCCAAUUAUUCAAAAUAUGUUUAAUCAUGUUGUUCAUCCUCACCCUCACCGUCGACAUUACCCGCAUCAUCUACUCGACCACUUUUCAAAAAAUUUAACUCAUCAAUCGCCUACAUCUACUAGUUUUGAAAGCACUGUACGAACCCAGGACAGUAGCCCAGUCGAUCUAAGAUACCAAACCGAAACGGAGCAUUCCGAAAUGCUUGUCGCGAGAGGGAGCGUGAGAGCAGAGACUGAUGAUACAGUAGGCGGGGAUAACUCUGAACGUAAUAUUGGAUCGAGAACGAAACAAGUACCAGAACAAGAGUCGAGCGUCGAUAGAGCGUACUCCAAUUUUCGAGAACCUCAGCCGUGGCCUUUCUUCGGAACAGAAUCUAGAGUAUUACCGUCAGGAAGGCGAGUGUCGUUUCUUAAACAAGCCUGUAUAGGAUUUUCAUUGACUAAUACUAGAAACAAAGCUACAAACGAUAAUUCGCCUACAGUUUGUCCAAAGGCGUUUAGAGAAGCUACUUUUAGUAACACGCCUCGAAGAUCUCCCAUAAGGGGUGGCCCCAAAGUCUCCGAACUUAGGCAAAAAUUCACUAGCACCGCGGAAAGUCCCACGAAACAGCCUUCUAGACAAAGUUCAGUAGACUUGAUUAAAUUCAGAAAUGAAUCAAUGAGAGGACCAAGCGAAAGACUACAUGGGAAUACAGUAAAUCAAGAAAUAAAAACUUGUGUAACCAUUAUAGACAGUUCCAGUACCAAAGGAAAGAAUCCUGUUCCAAAAGCAUCAAGCCUACGCUCGUCCGUGAAGCCAGUUGUGUCACCUAAACCAAAAACAAAAACGGUUUCGACAUCGCCAAUGCGGCAUAAAACAAAGCAAUUUCAAAAUAAAUCAACGUCACCCUCUCCUACUAGAAGGAAAGAAUCUCCGCCAUCUUGGAAAACUACCGGAGUGGAUAAAACAACUGUUUGUCCACCUGGUGUCAGAUCAAACUCUCGAGGACCAAAAAUUGUGGUUCCAAAAGCGGACACUCCUCCCGAGAAAGCUAAACCUAUAACGGAAAACGUUGUAGCAAAAACAUACAAACCCAUGACGGCGCCUCCAAAACUUUCCAAGAAAGAAAACAACACAAAACCAGCGAAAAAGCAAACUCAAGUCAGGCCUGCAAAAGACGACUAUUCUGCAUCCUCAGAUUCAUUGAGCAAGGAAAGCUCAUUGGUUGUUGUUGAUGCUGGCGUCAUAGACGCUGGUGACAUCACCAGUACAUACGAGGAACUAAGUGUUGAAGCCAGCGACCUUUCUGAUCGGAAUUUUUUGAUUGAUUAUGGUGACCCAUCUCGUUUUUACUUUCGAAAUGAGUGGGAAGCGAGGAUGAGGGAACUGGAUGGUCAUACAACGGAUAUGAGGGAGAAACUUUCAAAGUUUUGCAACUAUGAGGAGAUGUACCAGGGAGCUAUAGAAAUCAUUGAAGAUGUAGAAAAUAUGAAGGAAGAAAUGAGUGAAUUAUACGAUUAUUUCGAUCAUUUUGAACGCGAGGAAGACACAUUGCUACAACAAGUUCAAAGGCAAUUGACACAAGCAAACAGAUACUGCAAAGUUUUGCACUACAGAGUGGAAAGAGCGCAACAACAACGAGCAGAUGAUAAAAAGGUGCACGAACUUGAAGAGGAACUAAAACUAAGCCGCCAAGUUGCCGUUUCUUUACACUGGGAACUGCAGGCUGCUGAUGCCAGGCAGGCCAAGCUUGAGCAAGAGAACAUCGAAAUGCGUCACAGAUUACUGCAAGCUGAAACAUCACGAGAAACAUUGAAAAUUCAAGUCACAAGACUUCAAAAUAGCGUAGAUCAAAUGAGUUUACACGCACCUUCUCAAAUGAUCAUGGAAGACAAUUCAAAUGGUUUAACAACAAGCGAUAGUAGUUCAGAGAUGAAAAGACAGCUUCAAUUUAUGGAAGAAAAAGAUGAAGUCAUGUUGUCAAGGCUGGUUGAUUUGCAGGCAGAAAAAGAUUCUCUUAAGGACGAAUUGGAACAAUAUAAAGACCAAUAUGGCGAACUUGCCACCGUGCCAUCGUCUGGGGCAAAUAGACAUACUGAUUUGAAACUUCGACUUAAAUUAGCUGAAGAUCAAGCAGGAUUACUUGCUAGAAAAGUAAUUGAACUACAGCUGGAAAACGAUAACAUGAUUAAAAUGGCUGCUGAAAGGGAACUAAUGGCUAAAGAAGCAAUGAAAAGAAAUCCAAGUGUUAGUGAUCUUCAAUUUUUAGAAGACGAGAGAGAAUCACUCAGACUGGCUUUGGAUGAGAUGGAGAUAGAAAAUCAAAAGUUGGCCGCUGAACUUCUUCGUUAUAAACAAGCUGUUCAUCGCCAACUCCAUUCCAAUUCCAUCUCUUCCGAAUCACCGCUAGAUGUCGGCGUUAUGCUCAGAGUACCUCGAAGUAACGAUAGCAUAUUUGAAGAUGAAAACAACAACAAAACUUCUCGUUCGCACAAGAGUGAUUCCAGUCACCAUGAUUCGAUGUCAGAGCAUAUAGGAGGAGAUCGCAAGAAAUUGCGGCCACUGUCUCUCACAUCUCCACUGAACCAAACGUCAAAUCAAAAGCGCAGCAGCAAGAUGUCAAUAUCCAGAACAUUGUCAGAUAUUGCCAUUCCUUUGUCCCCAGAUACCAAAAGUCAGUCUGUUCAAAUUACGCCAACUAUAAGUAGCAAUACCCCACAAGGACCAAAAUCAACAACUACGACAAGUUGCCGGAGAAAGAGUUUUUGUCACAAAUGUAAACGGACUAAAAAACUAAAGAUGGUUGAUGUAGCUAUUGAAACUGAAAAUGAGUACAAAACUACAAAACAAACUCCAGUCAAAACGUUUACAAAAUCUGUUGCCACCUGUACACAUCCUACUGCACAAUUAUCCUCGCGGUCACAAGCCACUAGUCCUAUUAUUACAAACCUCCAGAGCCUCUUCCAGCCAGCUCUGGAUGUUGUCACGCAAAUAAGGCAGAGAAAAAGAUCGAUGAAAUCGGAAGCGACCAGUCCCAUAAGAGGAGUCACUCCGUCCACGUCUAGUUUUGCAUUAUCUCCUAUGAACAGUGGACCAAGACCGCACAACGCAUUACUUGAUGAAAUGAGGAAGCAGCUCGCGAAUGUCAGACACAUCGCUGAGUCUAUGGAUAACGUUGUAAACGUUGAAGCCAUGGACGUGGAAUUGGAAAGGAAAGGUAGAGAACUGGUUAAAGCGGAGUGUAAAAAAGUAACAGAACGCGUUCUGCAGAAGACAAAAAUUGCGAAAUUAGCGAAAUCACUUCAAAACUAUGUGAAAGAAAUGGAAGUGUCGGUAGCUGAUGAAAGUGAAAGAAGUGAAUCGUUAGAUGGCGCUCUAUCAGAAGUAAACGGCUGGAACCUACACGGCAACGCCGGGGUUUUGCCAGGUGUUGAUGCUGGUGCUGCAGAAACUUCAACAAUCACUCUUUCGUCCUCGACAGAUGACCUAAUGUCAUUAGAAACUGUCCGAUCUUUUGCAACAAGAAUACGCAGUAAUUCUAUCAAGGAACUAGGUUUAGGGAUUUUCGAGGGAAUCAUACUCUUGGUGAUGUCUUACGUUCUGUUAACUUCACUUCCCGCUUCAGCGAUGUUUAAAAUAUGCUUCUUAAUAUUAGUAUUUUUCGUCUGUUGAAUUAUCAUUGUAAUGCCCGAUAUCAGAAGAAUAAAGAAGUAAACAAAAACUUUUUCGAUGCAAGAGUAGCAUAAAUAACAUUACAAAUAGUGAAAUCAAACUUUGUUUGUUUAUUCAAGUUGCUUGCCUCAUUUUUUCUUAACAGUUCACUUUUAUGUUUUGUCGUCCUUCAUUCUUUGGUGCUGACACUUUUUCACAUGUGAGAUGUGAAAUCAAAGAUAGUGAAUAUGUUCUUUUACAUAAGCUUUAUAUGCCUGGCGCUUUCCAGCGCUCAGAAUAGAAUAAACGUUACACAAAAAUAAAAUACAGUAUGUGGAUUUAA